AUGCCCGUGGGAAGUGGCGGGCGGGGACAGGAGGCGAGGGACUGCAUGCCCGUGGGAAGUGGCGGGCGGGGACAGGAGGCGAGGGACUGCAUGCCCGUGGGAAGUGGCGGACGGAGACAGAAGGCGAGGGACUGCAUGCCCGUGGGAAGUGGCGGACGGGGACAGAAGGCGAGGGACUGCAUGCCCGUGGGAAGUGGCGGGCGGGGACAGGAGGCGAGGGACUGCAGGCCCGUGGGAAGUGGCGGGCGGGGACAGGAGGCGAGGGACUGCAGGCCCGUGGGAAGUGGCGGGCGGGGACAGAAGGCGAGGGACUGCAGGCCCGUGGGAAAUGGCGGGCGGGGACAGGAGGCGAGGGACUGCAUGCCCGUGGGAAAUGGCGGGCGGGGACAGGAGGCGAGGGACUGCAUGCCCGUGGGAAGUGGCGGGCGGAGACAGAAGGCGAGGGACUGCAGGCCCGUGGGAAGUGGCGGGCGGAGACAGGAGGCGAGGGACUGCAGAGCCGUGGGAAAUGGCGGGCGGGGACAGGAGGCGAGGGACUGCAUGCCCGUGGGAAGUGGCGGGCGGGGACAGAAGGCGAGGGACUGCAGGCCAGUGGGAAGUAGCGGGCGGGGACAGAAGGCGAGGGACUGCAGACCCGUGGGAAGUGGCGGGCGGGGACAGAAGGCGAGGGACUGCAGACCCGUGGAAAGUGACGGGAGGGGACAGGAGGUGAGGGACAAGAGGCGUUGGACUGAGCUGGCCCCUCACCCCCACCCCCGGUACCAAGCACGGCGGAAGCAAAUAGAAUCGAGGGGGGAGGGGAGGCUGACUGAGAUCAGGGGCGCAAAUAAAAGUUUCUACGGGGUUCGGGGUAUACUUCCCCGUAAAAGUUUGAAAACUAGAUGUCCUGAAAUGUCCUAG